UCAGGGGCAAGUCCCGCCCCCAACGCCCACUCCUUGAGUUACAGCUGCGUCUGGCUUGCGCCCCGGAAGCUGCCCCUUCUCUGGGGUCAUGAUGGGCAGCAAGAUGGCGUCUGCCAGCAGGGUCGUGCAGGUAGUGAAGCCACAUACACCAUUAAUAAGGUUUCCUGACAGAAGAGAUAAUCCUAAACCCAAUGUAUCAGAAGCUUUGAGGUCAGCAGGGCUGCCAUCCCAUUCUUCUGCAGUUUCACAGCAUUCUAAGGGAAGUAAAUCACCAGAUUUGCUGAUGUAUCAGGGUCCACCAGACACGGCAGAAAUAAUAAAAACUUUACCUCAGAAAUACAGAAGGAAACUGGUGUCUCAAGAAGAAAUGGAAUUUAUCCAAGCAUGGAAAGAAUUUACCAGGCAGAAUUGCAAUUUUAGGGACAUAAUUUUUCUAAAAUUGAAUGAGGAUCAGUGA